AUGUACUGUAUGAUUACAUACCAUUCUCAAAGUGAAAACAUUGAUGGAGAGCCCAUCAACGGGAACACUUGGGAACCUCUCUUGGAAAACCUGACUAGCGAGUAUGCCUUGGAUCUUUUCUGAAGAGCACAAGCCCCGGCUUCAGAGGAUUUGGAGAAGUUAGGCUGCAAGGCCAAAAUCACUGAGGGGAGCAACAUGAUUAAAACCAUUGCUUUUGGUCAUUAUGAGCUCAACAUUUGGUACCAUUCUCCUUAUCCGGAAGAAUAUGCAUGACUGGGAUGGCUCUACAUGUGCGAAUUCUAUUUAAAAUACAUGAAGAGCCAAACGAUACUAUGCUGACACAUGGCUAAGUGUGUGUGGACACACCCACCUGGUGGUGAGAUCUAUUGCAAAGGCUCCAUCCCGUGUUUAAAGUGGGUCUCUGUGUUUAAAGUGGAUGGCAAGAGAAACCAGAGCUACUGCCAAAACCUGUGCCUGCUGGCCAAGCUUUUUCUGGACCACAAGACAUUAUAUUAUGAUGUGGAACCCUUCCUGUUUUAUGGUAUGACAGAAGUGGACAAUACCAGCUGUCACUUGAUUGGAUAUUUUUCCAAGGAAAAGAAUUCAUUCCUUGACUACAGUGUGUCGUGUAUCCUCACCAUGCCUCGGUACAUGAGACAGGGCUAUGGCAAGAUGCUCAUCGAUUUCAGUUACUUGCUUUACAAAGUGGAAGAAAAAGUUGGCUCCCCGGAGUGUCCCCUCUCUGAACUGGGGCUCAUAAGCAGUUACUGGAAAGAAGUGCUUCUCCAUUACGUGCAUAAUUUCCAAGGCAAAGAGAUUUCUAUCAAAGAAAUUAGUCAGUUGACAGCUUUGAAUCCUGUGGACAUUGUCAGUACUCUGCAAGCCCUUCAAAUGCUCAAGUACUGGAAAGGAAAACACCUAGUUCUAAAGAGGCAGGACCUGAUUGAUGAGUGGAUAGCCAAAGAGGCCAAAAGAUCUAACUCCAAUAAAACCAUGGAUCCAAGCUGUUUCAAAUGGACCCCUCCCAGGGGCACUUACAGUGACCUGUUACUCUGAGCCAGCGAACCCCCGCAGUAGGAGUCCGUACCCUAGGGAUCUGUCAUUUCUGUUGCUCUUGUGAUUGGCAAGCACAGUAUCCAUUGGGAAGGUCGUCCCCCUCAGGACUGUCCUGCUCCGACCCUCGGGUACACUGCAGACGCUGGCUCUGAGGAACUGUUGUUUUGGCCUCGGUGAGGUUGCCUGGAUGGGAUCGCUGUUAGACUUGAGUGCAGAUCCCUCGUAGCACUGACCCAAGGUGUUCUGUUUGGUACUGUACCCGUCCAGUCACUGGUGCUCCUCAUGUUCUCUAGCCCCGUAAGGUUGGGUUGUGUCUUCUAAACUUCGUACUAGUGCUUCCUGCUGCCCUGGUACGAGACUUCAAACCAUGGUUGCCACCACCAGGACCCUUCCAGUUACUCCUUACAUGUGGCUUUUUUUGGAAGAGCAGGGAAGCGGUAACAUUUCUGAGUGUGUGUACUAGGAGGGGUCCAUUCCCUUUGGAUUUUAUCUCACUUGAAUUUUUUUCUGCCAUUUUUAGUGAAAGGCCAGUUUCCGAUCCAUGUCAGGCUGACAAGAGACCAGUAUUUUUUAAAACGCGCCCAGGGAUUCGUCUUGGUAACUGCACAUACUUUAUCAGAAUGAAAUGGGAGAGAAUUGACAGGUGGUGAUUCUAUAAUUUGAUUUGCGUUCACCUGUGGGCAUCGUGCGUCAGUGGAAGGAAACCAGUCCUUUUGCCUCUCUAGAGAGUGCGCAGCCCUACAUGUUUUCCUCUCUCAUAACCCCUUGCUCCUUUGUACAUUGGCAGGGGCUAGACGGUGUCCGGUUCUCCCUCUCAUGCUGCAUGCUGACCGGUUCAUCAGACUGCAGAAACCUUCCCCCCUGAACCUGCCGGUCUGGUCUGGCACAGCUGUACUUUUGCAUUGAUUUUUGCCUGAACCUCUUUGGAGAUGUAGGAAAUGACUGCACAUGCUUCCAGAUCUCCUCUCAGCCCCCAUGACUCAGCAAGGCAGGGCGCCACCUGCACCCCUGUCCCCGCCCCCUCCCAGUGUUUGCUUCCCUGACAGUGCCUCGCCCUCCCUCCCGAACUGAAGUGCUCCUGGCCUUCCAAGAACUCCUCCUCCAUUUCCUUUUUGGGAUUUGCCACCAUUCCCCCUGUUCUCUGCUCUCCUAUUUUUGGUUUCAAGCAAAGGAAAAAAUGCUCCCUCUAAUUUCUCUCCAGCCCAUUAUAACCUGCUAUCCUGGGGCAGCAUUUGAUGUAUGACGUGCCACCCUUCCCAGCGUGGACUCCUCCAAAACCGCUGUCUCCGUGUGGGGCCCUUCCCAUAAUCCCGACUGGUCAUUUGUGCCUUUCUCUUGUCAUCUCUGUACACUACUUACACUCACUGCGGGUUGGGGGAGCAAAUCUUAAGUGUGUUCAGUGACAGCUCCCUGCCAGUUUCAGUGUCACUGUUAAAGUUUAUCCCAAAACAACUUCACUGGGGCUUUUCUUAAGGGGUAAAGGAUACUUUACCAAAGCUAAUCCUUCCUGUUCUAUAUCUACUCUUCAAUAAUAAAGCAUGUUCUCUGCUCAAAAAAAAAAAAAAAAAAAAAAAGUCAUCGAUGGAAAGAACAUGGACUUUGAUGUCAGAUAAACUGUAUUCACACUCUAACCACCCAAGUUAUUUCCUAGUUGACUGCGAGUUAGCUGCGGGUGAUAAAUACCCACCAGAUAUCAGCGGCUUGUCAACAGCAGAGGUUUUGCUCUAGCUCACAUUCUAUGCUGCAGCGCUGCUCCUGUGGAUUGGCUCUGGGAUCCAGGCUAAAGGAGCAGCCUUUGGAUAUUUUCU